AUGGUAUUGGAAAGAUUCGGAGCAGAAGUUUUCACGGUAAAAGACGUCCGCAAGUCUCUAAGUUCAGCUUUAGACCUCAACGUGACGGCCGAUGAUUUCGUUUGGAAUAGUUGGGCUACAAGUAAAAGCAUUAUGUUUGUAUGGCGGGCAAUAGUAGACAAAAUACCAUUGGCGGUGGAUUUAAAAUAUAGAGGUGUAAACCUACUGGACGUCACUUGCAAAAUCUGCGGUGCAGUGGACGAAACAGCGGAUCAUAUUCUUUUAAAAUGUAACUUUGCAACAAGAGUUUGGGAGAUGGUAACCAAUUGGGUCAAUAUUCCAAUGGUCAACACAAAUGGGAAUGUGAAAGACUUGCUAAAGGAUUUGAAUGAAAUCCAUAGAAAUGGGAAAAUGAUGAAACACAGGUUAACACUGAGGUUAAUCUGUGGGGUUAUUUCUUCUGUGGGUUCAAUCUCUUUUCUUGCUCGCCGAAAUGACCUAGAUACUGCAAAACAGCAACACCGUUAG